CCCGGCCCGGCCCGGCGGGGCAGCGGCGGCGGACGGGGCAGGGCCGGGCCGGAGCCGCGCAGCGGCGGCAGCGCCAUGGGGCUGGAGACGGAGAAAGUGGACACCCGCAUCUUCAUGGACGACGACGACAACUUCCCGCGGAGCGGCGGCCCCGCGCUGUCGGACGCGGAGAAGUGCGCGGAGGACGAGCUGGACCGCGACCCCCACGGGCUGAACUCCCACCUGCAGCUUGGCUUCGAGGAUGUGAUCGCGGAGCCCGAGCUCACCCACUCCUUCGACAAGGUGUGGAUCUGCAGCCACGCUCUGUUUGAGCUCAGCAAGUACGUGAUCUACAAGGUCCUGACUCUGGUCCUCGCCAUUCCGAUGGCCCUGGUUGUGGGGAUCGUCUUCGCCACGCUCAGCUGCCUCCACAUCUGGGUUGUGGUGCCUUUUGUGAAAACCUGUCUCAUGGUCCUGCCUUCAGUGCAAACUGUAUGGAAGAGCCUGACAGAUGUUUUUGUUGUACCAUUCUUUCAGAGCCUAGGCCGGUGCUUUGCCAUGGUUAAUAUACGCCUGGACCAAGAGUAAACAUCGGAGAUGUGACACUUCUGUAGUUGUAGCUGGUGUUAUACUUCUUUGCUAACCUAACAUACAAGCACUUGCCAUUCAUUCCAAACUUAAAUUACAAUGGCUGGUUUAAGUGGGAACAUGCUGUUUUUAUUAAAACUCAUUUAUUAUCAGGGAGAUCCAUUUAAGAAUUAGUAGGCAGUUUUCAUAGCUCACUAUUUGAACAACAGAGUGAUCAUGGAGUAUAUUGGCAACACUUUAUUUUAAUGGUAGGUUGAUUGGUAGAUUAUGGGAGAAUUCUCAUGGAGGACUAAAUGCCACCACAGUGAUAAUGAUUUGUGUUAUUGCUAUAAAUAAAUAAAGGAAUAGGCUGUGAUACCUUAGACAAAACUGAUCUCUAGGGUUUCACACUGACUUUACUGCCGUUCCACCAGGGAUCAUUUUUGGCCUCGCUAUGCAGAAUGAUAAACCCAGUCCUCUAUUAUCAGCAGUUAAAGUGAACGUGACUCAUUGCAUAAACAUACAGGGAAAGGAACUGUUGUGUAAUUCUCCUGUAUUGGGGGAGGAGAGGGGAAGCUCCCUAGAAGUUUAUCCCUUAAAAUAAGGUGUUAGUUAAUGAUCUGUAACAUUAGCUAAUCUGUAUAUUUUAUUUAAUGAGAGAUUAACUUUGCUGUAUAUUUUGUACCUUUGUAAAUGACAGUUGAUCAGGUUUCUAUGAAGCAUAGUUUCUCUAGUAUUUGAAUUCUAACCAACUUAUUAAGCAGCGAGAGUAAGAUACUGCAAAAAUUAUUUUAGAUAACUAAAAUUUCCUUUUCUAAAUUAAAUAGAUUUUGAGUGUUGCUGUGCAAUUCUAAUAUAUUAAUUACAUAUGAUUGUGUGUAAAAGCAAAUAUUAUAAGUGUUUUUUAUACACGAUUAUGCAAAAGACUUGGAAAUAUCUGUUUAUGAGAAAUGGUUUUUAUUAAAAAUUGGGUGUAAUAAAUGCUACCCUGCAUUUCUGUAUAUUAUUGGUGUGAACAUUGUGAUAUUUAAAGCAAUAGACACUAUGCUAGCACUUUAACCAGGUUGCAAGCUUGUAUAGAAGGCAAGUGACUGUACUUGGUAUCCUUGUCUAAUUCUCCUAACCUAUUGACUUGACUCUCUCUGUUGCUAUUUUACUAUUACAAAACUUAACCCCUGAAAAAGACACUUCUUUCUUCUGCACCUAAUAUGACUUUUUAAACCAGAAUAACAGAAAAUGUGCAGAGGUACAUUAAAAUUACAUUAGCCUUCUGCUGGGCUUAUGCUGCUGUUUUAUUUAAAUACAGAUGGUAAGUUGCAAUUGUAAAAUGUUUGUAUGAUUUAGAAUGUUAUUUUCUAAAAUGUCUCAAAUUUCUUAUCAAACAAGAGGUAUCUAAUAAAAUAAUAAAAUGUCAGCUGUUUCCCAUUUUCAACUUCA